AUGAGUCUAUGGAGCACCGCCGCCCCAUCAUCGGCGGCGGACGGAGACGCCGCCGUGAUGGAGGCGUUCAUGUCCCAUGAUUCGGAUCUGGCUUCUUUCUGGCCCGCAUCCGCUUUCGCACCGCAGACCCAGUUCAACGGGAUUUCCUCUCCUCCCCAUCCUCCGCCGCCCGGCGGAGACCACCCCAGGAGUACCUCUGCUGCAUCCCAGUUCAAUCAGGAGACCCUCCAGCAGCGCCUUAUGGCUUUGAUCGAGGGCGCGAGGGACACUUGGACAUACGCCAUAUUCUGGCAGUCCUCGGCCCUUGACUACGGCGGCCCGCCGGUGCUGGGCUGGGGCGACGGCUACUAUAAGGGCGAGGAGGAUAAGGCCAAGCGCCGGACGGCAUCCUCCCCUUCUGAGCAGGAGCACCGGAAGAGAGUUCUCCGCGAGCUCAACUCCCUGGUCUCCGACCCGCAGGCCGCCGUCGCCGACGAUGCCAUCGACGAGGAGGUCACCGACACCGAGUGGUUCUUCCUCAUAUCCAUGACCCAAUCCUUCGUCAACGGGUCCGGCGUCCCGGGCCAGGCACUGUACACCUCCAGCCCGAUCUGGGUCACCGGGCCCGACCGGCUCGCUGCCUCCCCCUGCAGCCGGGCCCGUCAGGCCCAAGGGUUCGGCCUCCAGACUCUCGUCUGCAUACCCUCUUCAAGCGGCGUCGUCGAGCUCGGCUCCACCGAGAUCAUCUUUCAGAGCUCGGAUCUCACCAGGACUGUACGAACCCUCUUCAACUUCGUCCAACCCGAAACCGCCCACCCCCCCUGGACCCCUUCCGACCACGACCCCGACCCCGCCGCCCUCUGGCUGGCCGACCCCUCCUCCUCCGCCGUGGAUCUAAGGGACCCGUUAAACAACCACCACCACCACACAAUCACCGCCACCGACAUCGUCCAGCAAAAUCCCUCAAUCCCUAGCCCCCCACCCGCCCUAUUAACCGAUCAAAUCCCCAAUCCCAGCGCGUCGUCCCACGCUCCCCUCCCCCAUCGGGAACUCAACUUCUCCGACUUCGGUCUCAACGCCAGCACAUCCGUCCUCCGGAGCACCGGGCCCUGCAAGCCAGAGUCCGGCGAGAUUCUGAACUUCGGCGAAACCCAAAACAACAGCCCGAACAAGAAGAAGAAAGCCUCCCCGACAUCAAGAAGCAGCAACAACAUCAACAACAACAACGAGGGCAUGAUGUCCUUCACCUCUCGAGCCAUCGUCAAAAUGGACGACGGCUGCACCACCAUAGACUCAGACCAGUCGGACCUCGAGCCAUCAGUGGCUCGUGAAGCCGAAAGCAGCCGAGCCGUUGCUAAUCCUUCCUCGCCGGAGAAGAAACCCCGCAAACGAGGCCGUAAGCCCGCCAACGGCCGGUUGGAGCCUCUGAACCACGUGGAGGCCGAGCGGCAAAGGCGGGAGAAGCUGAACCAGAAAUUCUACGCCCUCCGAGCAGUAGUCCCAAACGUGUCCAAGAUGGACAAGGCCUCUUUGCUAGGGGACGCAAUCUCCUACAUCAACGACCUCAAGUCGAGGCUCCAAUCUGCUGAGGCCGAACGGGAUGAACUCCGGCGGCGGCUAGAGCCUUCCGGUAAGUCAAAGUCAAAGUCAAAGUCAACUCCGGGUAAUCAAGAAGUCGACUCGGGUAAGGGCUUUGGGGAGAUGGAGGUGGAUGUGAAGAUUAUGGGUCGGGAUGCUAUGAUUCGGGUGCAGUGUGGGAAGAGGAACCAUCCGGCGGCUAAGCUGAUGGUGGCAUUGAGGGAGCUUGACCUUGACGUGCACCAUGCCAGUGUGUCGGUUGUUAAUGACCUGAUGAUACAACAGGCCACGGUGAAGAUGGAGGGCCGGUUUUUCACGCAGGAGCAGUUGAAGGGGGCUUUAGUCUCGAUGUUUGGAGAGGCUAGGUGA